AUGGGGGGGUUCUCAGCCAUUGGGCAGCCCAAGGACCAGGGCACCUGUACCUCUUGUGUGGCCUUUGCCAUCUUGGCGGCCGUGCAGAGCGCGGUGGCCUGCGCGCUGCGUCGGGACGCGAGCAGCAGCCUGUCAGAGCAGGACUUUUUCUUCUGCAAAUCCCUGGUGCUGCGUGAGAAGCGCGACUGCAACAGCGUCUGGAACAUGCGCAGCGGGGUGGAGGCGUUCAUGGCGACGAUGGACGCAAAGAAGCUGCCCGUGACGGAGACGUGCCUGCCGUACGAUCCCAGCAACCCCAGCUGCAGCUAUGAGUGCACCGAUGUUGAGCCGUUCCUGCAGCAAGGCGUCUUCUCCUUCAAGGCGCUUACCACCGAGUGGGACAUGCAAAACCACAUCAGGACAUUCUUUGAGAGCAACCCGUCAGGCAUCUACACCGGCCAUGGGCCCAAGGCUACGUACCAGGAAAGCCAUGCUGUCGUGCUGGUUGGCUACGACCUUGACAAGGGGUACUGGAUCGUCAAGAAUUCGUGGGGAGUCAACUUUGCCGCAGGUGGAUUCUGCAAGGUGGCCUUUCAAGUAGAUGGCAUCGGCUUCCCCGACGACACGUUUGGUUUCUACUUUGCGCCGGACAAGCCCCCUCCUAAGCCCUUCAACAGACUGUCGCUCUCCAGCAGCCGCCCUGGCUGCUACAAUUAUCGCACCCUGCCCAGUGACUAUGUGUCCAAGGUCGCAGCUACCUGGGAAGUCCCCAUCCAGCAGCUGCUGCUGGACAACUCCGACAGCAUUCCUGCCGGGGUUGAGGCAGGCAGGAUGCUGGGAGACACGACCCUCACACUCUGCAACAUCAAAGUGCCCGGCACGCCCGCGACGCAGGGCCAGCCUUCUGUGCCUGCCACCGCCGCACCAGCGCCAUCGUCGACGCCUGCAUCGGGCCCCGGGUACAAGCUGCAGAUGGGCAGCUACACAGGCACUGUCACAUGCGACGCCGGCUUCACCGUCACUGGGCGGGGCGGCGAAUUGCAAACCACCAUCGUCAUGUCGACGCAGCCAGGGGCCGGCGGCGCCUCUGUUGUCCUGCGCCUGUCGGCCGAGUGGCGCGGGAUCUUCAGUUGGCGCUGCAACUAUGGGAUGAUGUCACUGUGCGCGCGCGACGACGACAGGCAGUGCGCAGGCGGGCAGGAGGCGUGGCGCUGCAAGGUCACUGGCAUCACCACCUGGGACGACACAUGCGCCGGACAGGCGGUGGGGCGCGCUACGGUGGCGCGGGUGUGCUAUGCGGGCAACAUCCUGGCCGCCAAGGAGCUCUCGCCAACCUGCAAGCGGCUGAGCGGCGACUUGGUGUUGAAGAUGCCGUAG